AUGGACACGAGCGACUUUGAGGACAUGUUAUUCGGAGAACCAUUCACGCAGAUCAUAUCUGAUGAUGCCCUCAUGGAAGAUUCCGAAGACGAAAUCUUGUUCUCGGCUUCUGGUGAGCCACCGCUUGUUUGGCAUGAACCAUAUGCCGCGAUAUCGACAUCACCAAUUGCCAGCACAUUCGUAGAAACGCACAUACCCAAUGACACCACACUGCACAAUUACGAGCAGAAAGAAAGGCCUUUGCGUGAUAGACACUGGGUGAUUGCUCGUAUCGAGGCCAUGCUUGAAAGAAUCGUCGAUGGCCUAAUAGAAGAGUCGGACUCUCUCACCAUAACACUACAGUCGCGAGCAGCUCUUUCGCGCAGACAGAUUACUAUAACUGAAGCAGGCGGGAAGCUUCCCGAGCCCAAAGAACGCGACAUAAACUUUCCCGGGGCAAGUGCACAGGAAGCAUGGAAUUUCACCGUACUUUUGCGGAUACUUGAGCUCAUUCACGGCGGGCUUGUCGAUGAUACUAUGAUGACCAAGCGGGACAUCUACUACCGACAUCCCGAUCUGUUCGUCAGACAGUCUGUCGUCGACCGGUAUGUAGACGAUCUGGCUUGUACGUUUGGCAUCACUAGGUCCCAACUCAAUGUAGGCAUGCUUGUACCGAUAGUCGGUGAGAAUGACACGCUCGACCUGUCAGAAGUACAUUGGGUGCUCGUCAUUGAGAAGGAGGCGACGUUCCGCUCACUGAUGGCAUCACCACAAUGGGGUAGCUUGGGCUCGUACGGCGUGAUACUGACUGCAAAGGGCUACCCCGACGUAGCGUCGAGAAAUUUCUUGCGCCAGAUGGUGGACUGCGCCCCCCAUGUUCCCAUGUAUGUUUUCGUGGACCUGGAUCCUGAAGGUAUUGCUAUUCUAUCCACGUACAAAUAUGGCUCGUACCGCCUUGCUCACGAGGCGGUUACACCCACUGAUACACCCGCAAUAAGCCUACCCAACAUUCGCUGGCUUGGUGUAAAGAGUCACCACAUGAGCCGAACUCCGGUAGGCGAAGAUGACACCGAGCCAAGUGCAAUGCCUCAACUUCAGGGCUUGAUGAAGUUGACAGCGCGCGAUCGCACAAAGGCAGCGCGAAUGCUGGAAUGGAACUUGUGCGCGGAAGAUGGACCUGAGCAAGGUUGGAGACAGGAAUUGCAAAAGAUGCUCAUGUUCAACAUCAAAGCCGAGAUGCAGAUACUUGACGAGCUGCCUGGUGGUUUAAUAUCAUGGUUGAGCAGUGAGCUCGGCAGUGAUUAUCCAGAAGACGCGAUGCUCUUCUGA